AUGGCGGCUGUCGGAGAAGGAAAUCACAAGAAGCGAAAACUGCUCGAUGUCCCCGAGAUCGAGAUUGAUGUUUCCGCGCCUGAACCUCCGUCAAAGAAGGCUCUGCGAAAGGCUAAGAAGAAGGGCGCCGAUGUCGAUACGAAUAUCAAGGACGAGUCAAAAUCAAGCAACGAACCCGCUUCCGAAAAGCCUGCAGAUACUGAGGCUGCGCCUCAAAAGCGCUCAGACUACGGCAUCUGGAUAGGAAAUCUAGGAUUCGCUAUUACCAAAGACGACUUACGGCGGUUCCUCACAACCAACUGCUCAUUCACAGAUGCUACAAUCACUCGGAUUCAUUUACCAAAAGGCACAGAAAGGAAUGGGAAAGCGCAAAACAAAGGCUUCGCCUACGUGGAUUUCUCCAACCCCAAAGCCGUACAGGAAGCGAUGCAGCUCAGCGAACAACUGCUAUCAGGACGCCGCGUGUUGAUCAAAGAUGCAAAGAACUUUCAGGGUCGUCCGCCAAAGCAAGAUGGUGCGAAAGAUGCCACUUCCGCUGCUGCCUUUGGCCGACCUCCUUCCAAACGUGUAUUUGUCGGCAAUCUUGGUUUCGACGCAACCAAAGAGAUCCUCGAAGAGCACUUCUCAAAAUGCGGAACCGUUUCCAAUGUUCAUCUCGCCACCUUCCAGGACUCUGGGAAAUGCAAGGGCUAUGCUUGGGUGGAAUUUGAGGAUUUAUCAGCCGCCGAAGUGGCCGUGAAAGGGUUCAAGGUCGUCAAGGAGGAUGAUGACGAUGAAGAUGAAUCGCAAUCAGAGUCUGCAAAGCGCGGCAAGCCUCAUAAGCCUCGACAGAGGAAGAUUUGGGUUAAUCAGGUUCUCGGCCGGCGCAUGAGGAUUGAGUUUGCGGAAGAUGCAACCACAAGGUAUAACAAGCGCUUUGGCAAGAACGGUGAGAAGAGCAGAAGCGACACAAAUAACGGGGAAACCGAGCUGGGAGACUUUGAGGAGGAUACGACUAAGGAGAAGCCACAACAUCAGCAAACUACCCGGGCUAGACCUGCGAAGCCAGAGUACUCGAGAUACGAUGAGUCCACUGUGCAAAAGCUGAGUGGUGCCAUCGUCGAGGCGCAAGGCAAAAAGACAACUUUUGAUUGA